GGGGAGUAAAUUGUGUGAGCCCAGAGAGCUCAGCUCCGCAUGUUCGAGCUGGCACUUUUGAAUUAGACAGAAUUUUUUCUCUCUUUCUUUUUUUUUUUUUUUUUUUUGCUGCUUGCGAGAUCUUUUUUCUGCCCCUCCUGGUUUAUUAUCAGCUCAAGACAAAGGCAGGAGAAAAGAGCUAAAGAGAGAGAGAGAGAGAGGGAGACAUAGAGAGAGAUAGAGACGCAGAGUGGAUAGAUGUUGCGCAGCUAACAGCAGAGGAAGCAGCAGCAGCAGCAGCAGCAGCAGCAGCAGAGAGUUUCCAGCCAUCGCGCUCCCCCGACCGCAGCCUUUUCUUCCUGGGAGAUUAAACAUAAAGGACAAAAGCAUCUCUCUCUCUCUCUCUCUCCCCCCCUACCCGCCCGACUUCUCCAACCCACCACCAUCCGAUCACCAGCCUGCAAGUCGCUGUGUGUGUGCGUGUGCGCGCGCGCACAUAAGGACACCGCGGGUGUAUGUUGCUUUUCUCUCAGCCCUCAAAGGCAUGGACUGAAGAUGAUGCAGCCGGGGGCUUAGUGAGAGCUUGCUCCGCAAAAACCCCUUCCCCUCGCCAACAGGGCCAGACCAAGAGGAGCUACUCCGGGGGAGGGGGGAGGGGGGGUUGAAGGAGGAGGAGGAGGAGGAGGAGAAGAGAAAGGUGUGUGUGUGGGGGGGGUACCCUCCUUGGAUUAUUGCGGAGGGUCUUCCACUUCUCUUUUUUUUGUAUCCUCCCCCCUCCCCUUUUUUCCUUUCAACUCGCCUCAAUCAUCUUCUGUUUUUGCUGCGAUGCGUAGUUUUUAAGCCGAAGAAUGUGGAGACAACAUUUUCCAGGUAUUCGGCCCCAAAUCAUGAACGGGCCAAUGCAUCCGCGCCCCCUAGUGGCGCUGCUGGAUGGGCGCGACUGCACCGUGGAGAUGCCCAUCCUGAAAGACUUGGCAACUGUUGCAUUCUGUGAUGCCCAGUCCACACAGGAGAUACACGAGAAGGUGCUCAAUGAGGCAGUGGGAGCCAUGAUGUACCACACCAUUACCCUGACCAGAGAGGACCUGGAAAAGUUCAAAGCUCUGCGUAUCAUCAUCCGCAUCGGCAGUGGCUACGACAACAUUGACAUCAAGGCUGCUGGAGAGCUGGGAAUCGCAGUCUGUAACAUUCCCUCAGCGGCUGUGGAGGAGACGGCAGACUCCACCCUGUGCCACAUCCUCAACCUUUACCGGCGAAACACCUGGCUCUACCAGGCUCUCCGGGAGGGCACGCGGGUCCAGAGUGUGGAGCAGAUCCGCGAGGUGGCGUCCGGCGCUGCCCGCAUCCGCGGCGAAACCCUCGGCCUCAUCGGCUUCGGCCGUUCGGGUCAGGCGGUGGCGGUGCGAGCCAAGGUUUUUGGCUUCAACGUCAUAUUCUACGACCCCUACCUGCAGGACGGCCUGGAGCGCUCGCUGGGCGUCCAGCGCGUCUACACCCUGCAGGACCUGCUCUACCAGAGCGACUGCGUCUCCCUGCACUGCAACCUGAACGAACACAACCACCACCUCAUCAACGACUUCACCAUCAAACAGAUGCGUCAGGGUGCGUUCCUGGUCAACACUGCGCGGGGAGGUCUGGUGGAUGAGAAGGCCUUGGCCCAGGCACUGAAGGAGGGCAGGAUACGUGGAGCCGCCUUGGACGUCCACGAGACGGAGCCCUUUAGUUUUGCUCAGGGCCCGCUGAAAGACGCUCCCAACCUGAUCUGCACACCGCACACAGCCUGGUACAGCGAGCAGGCCUCUCUGGAGAUGAGAGAGGCGGCCGCCACCGAGAUCCGAAGAGCCAUCACCGGCCGCAUCCCUGACAGCCUAAGAAACUGCGUCAACAAGGAGUUUUUUGUCACCACGGCACCAUGGGCGGUUAUGGAUCAACCGGGCGUUCACCCCGAGCUCAACGGCGCCGCCUACAGAUACCCGCCAGGUGUGGUUGGAGUGGCUCCGGGCGGCAUCCCGGGGGCGUUAGAGGGUAUGGUCCCGGGUGGGGUGCCCAUCGCCCACACCCUGCCCUCUGGUACACACCCCUCCCAGGCCCCGUCGCCCAACCAGCCCUCCAAACACGGCGAGACCAGAGAGCACCUCACCGAGCAAUAGCAGCAGAAGGGAUACAGAAACGGCAACAUCUCACCCGACCUGUCGACACUCAGAACCAACCAAUCACAAAGCAACCGACCAACUGGGACCAAGAGACAGUGAAACAACACAAGCGGCUGCCUGUUAAAAUCAGUCAGCAACUGGGAACAAAAGAAGUGUUCCGGGGAAUUUGUACUUUUAACAUUUUAGUUUUUACUCUCUCUGUCUCUUUGGGUUCAGUACCGACUUUACUCUUUGAUGAUGGUUUUUUUUUUUUGUUUGUUUUUCUUCGGGACAUGCCUAUGAUUGUGGACACAGAGUCCAGUGUUUUUAGCGCUCCGGGAUCACCUGAUGAGACUCUGUCCCGUCCGCCACCACCACCCCCCUAAAACCCCCUUCCACCUCAGAGCUCAUGGGAAACAUAGGCCCACAUCUCGACGCACCAACGGGAGAACAAGAGAAAAAACUUUGGCAUCAUGUGCUACUGGACCUCUCCCCGCCCCACCUCCCUCCCUCCGUCCCUCCCUAUCCCACCCCCACCUCUCCUCCACCCAGCUCCAGCCCCCCUUAUGUAACUAAUGUGUGUUGUUUAGGCCCCUCAUUAUGCCUCAGAAGAUAAUUUUUUUUUCUUUCAAUCUUCAGUGUGAAUGACUAAAAAUGGAUUAUUGAAUUAAAUAUAUUUAUCAUUCGUCAAACAAAAGGAAGAUUGCUCAUCAGUUAUAGUAAUCUAGAGUGGGUUUUAACCCUUUCCUGGCAAUAACACAUUCAGUAUGACCAGCUGUCACAGCUGCAGUUACAUGUUUUCACCACUUGGUAGUGUUAGGGAUUCCUGCACAACUGUGAGAGAAGAUUGCUUCCAUAUAUUGUGAGUGAUUAUUUUUUUGAAGCUGUCAGCGGUAAACACUAAAUAUCACAUUCACUUUCUACAUUUGAUUGUAGCUGAAUUUUAUUAAUAUGAAGUUAGAGGGAGCUGCCGGCUAAGUAUUUAACUUUUCUUUUUAGUUAUUAAGACCUUGUGUGUGAGAGGGAAUGUGGGCUGUGAAGAAGAGAGCAUUUACCAUAAUCAUUGAAAGGAGGAGGUUGGUGUGACUGCAUCUGACUCUUCUGGACAUUUUCUGGUGACAGCCAGCAGAUAGCCGAUCUUAUCUUGGUGGCAGCAACAGCAGCAGCAGCAGCGACUCCCUCCCUUCUCUGGGCACAUUUCACACUCUGAGGACAGGAAAGGGUUAAAGCAAACUUAAUUUCUUAAUGACUCAGGAAAACACUUUUUUGCAGAUAUUGUUUAUUCCCAGAAUUUUGUCUUUGAGGAAAAAAAAAAAAGAUAAGACUAAUCUGGUUAGUCUGGAUAUUUUCUCUCCUCCCUCAUCCUCUCCAUUGUGGUAUUUUUAUAUACAAGGCGCAUCCCACGUUUUUGGUGUUAAAAGAGUUUUGAAGAGUCCUGUUAGAUUUGUAUUGCCUAGUUAAAUGUUCCUAUAACCAUAGUCCUAUGUGAUCCACCCCUCUCUCUUCUCUCGUUCUUAUAUUUUCUUUGUUCUAUUGAAGGCCAGGUUCUUUUGGGGCAUCCUGUACUCUGUAAGAGCAAUAGCAGAAACUCCUACUUAGUGUCCCAACAAUAGCAGAAGAGGCAGCCAGCAGUAUGUUUUUGUUUUUAGUGUGAGUAUUUGUAUUUGUUUCUUGUACAAGGUGAACAUUUAGCAUUCAGUGCAGUUCAAAUAAAAAGAUACGAUUCUGAGAACCA